AUGGUCUCCCAGUGGGAGUUGGAGAACUCCGAUGCCACAACUCAAAGUGAUGAUGAUGUGAGCGACGAUGAUUUGUGCUACCCAAGAGCAGCACCCAAGAGAGCGCGGUACCAGAGUGAGAACGAUGGAAUCGGAGGAAGGCCUUUAUUGCCAGAACAUUUGAAGCUGGCCCGCAACUCAGAGCGGACUUCUGGACGCAUAACGCAGGAGGUGAUACCGGUUUCAGACGAGGAAUUUGAUGAUGUAGCUGGUUUCAACGAUGGCGCAGCCACCUAUGAGAAAUUCAAAAAUAGAAGGCAACUCAAGCGCAAGAGAGCCGCCGCCAGAACACGCAAAACUAAAGGCGCAUCUGGAAAUCCUAUUGUCGGCAAGCGGCCAAACAGAACGGGAGCUAAUACAUCCCGCAAACGUCAGCGGCAAUUAAGGGAGUACGGAGAAUUAUCUUCUGAUGACGAUAUGAUGGAAUACAUGCUCCCGAGUUAUAUUCAAAACCGCCGCUCAACAUUUGACAAGAAAAUAACCUUUCUGAAAGAGGCAGGAUUGAAGCUACCCCCAAGUUUUGACGAUGUUGAGUUCUCUGAUGACGAAAACCUGGAGGCUCUGAGCGAGAAGCCGAAUUUUCAGAACGCCACUCCGUCGCGGAAGUAUGAAGACAUACAACUCCCUUAUUCUCUGGGCUUGAUUCCAGCUCCGAUUGCACAAUGGCUACGGGAUUAUCAAGUCCAGGGGGUUGAAUUUCUACAUGAAUUAUUUGUUUACCAAAAGGGAGGGAUCCUUGGAGAUGACAUGGGCUUAGGAAAAACAGUGCAAAUUAUAGCGUUCUUGACUGCAGCAUAUGGGAAAACAGGAGAUGAGCGGGAUGCUAAACGUAUGCGGAAGAUGAGGCGGAGGGGAGACAGAGUUUGGUAUCCUAGAACUCUGAUUAUUUGUCCCGGGACCCUUUUGCAAAACUGGAGAUCGGAAUUGGAUCGAUGGGGGUGGUGGCAUAUUGAGGUAUAUCAUGGUGCUGGGAAGGAGGAGGCUUUGCAAUCUGCCGCCGCCGGAAGACUGGAGAUCAUGCUCACAACCUACAAAACAUACGUGCUCAAUAAAGACGCUCUGAACAUGGUUGAAUGGGACUGUAUUGUUGCAGAUGAGUGCCAUAUUUUCAAGGAAAGGAAAUCGGAAACCGCCCAGUCGAUGAACGAAAUCAACGCUCUUUGCCGGAUUGGCCUUACUGGCACAGCAAUCCAGAACAAAUACGAAGAGCUCUGGACACUGCUCAACUGGACCAACCCCGGGAAAUUUGGCCCGGUGUCCACGUGGAAAUCCACGAUUUGCGAGCCGUUGAAAUUAGGACAGUCCCAUGAUGCAACAGUAUACCAGCUUAGCAAAGCGAGGAAAACUGCAAGGAAGCUUGUUGAGAACCUGCUACCCCCUUUCUUCCUCAGGCGCAUGAAAACGCUUAUCGCAGACCAAUUACCGAAGAAGAGUGAUCGAGUUGUAUUUUGUCCCCUCACGCCUACCCAAGCUGACGCAUACGAGAGGGUUUUGGAUAGUGAUAUCAUUGAGUAUAUUAAAACUUCAUCCGACAAGUGUCACUGCGGAUCAGGCAAGAAGUCUGGCUGGUGUUGUCGUAUGCACUUACCUCAAGGUGGGAAGUGGCAAAGUUAUGUCUUUCCAGCAAUUUCGAACUUGCAAAAGCUCAGUAACCACCUCGCAAUUCUUAUUCCGCAAUCACAAGAUCCAACAGAGAAGCAAGACAAAGACCUGGAGAUGCUUCAGAUCGCUCUACCGGACCAGUGGCGACAGUUAUAUGCUACUAGAGAUUCGAUCCUUAACUACGCAAACCACGAGUUUUGCGGAAAGUGGAGGGUGCUGAAGAAGCUUCUCAGGUGGUGGCAUGGCAAUGGUGACAAGGUCCUUGUCUUUUCCCAUAGCGUUCGACUGCUUAAAAUGCUUCAGAUGCUUUUCAAGCAUACCAGCUAUAAUGUCAGUUAUUUGGAUGGUGCUAUGAGCUACGAGGACAGAGCAAAAGUCGUUGACCAUUUCAACGCCGAUAUUCGGGAAUUUGUAUUUCUGAUCUCUACCCGGGCUGGUGGAGUAGGCCUAAACAUUACCUCUGCCAACAAAGUCGUUGUUGUCGACCCAAAUUGGAAUCCCGCGUAUGACCUCCAGGCACAGGACCGUGCAUAUCGUAUUGGGCAAGCUAGGGAUGUGGAGGUUUUCCGGUUAGUCUCUGCGGGCACGAUUGAGGAAAUUGUUUAUGCCCGCCAAAUAUACAAGCAACAACAAGCAAACAUCGGGUACACGGCCAGCACUGAACGGCGGUACUUCAAAGGAGUCCAGGAGAAGAAGGACAGGAACGGCGAGAUAUUUGGGCUCUCUAACAUGUUCCAGUAUCAAGGUGACAGCAUUGUCCUAAGAGACAUCGUCAAUAAGACAAACGUGGCAGAAAGCAAGGUCGGCGUUAAAAUUGUCGAUAUCGAGUUGGAGGACACCAAGGAUGGACUUGAUGAACAACCCUUGCCUUCACCCAAAGGUGAGGAGGAGGACGGUGCAAUGAGUCAACUAGCGGCUAUGAUCCGGGGUGAGGAUCCUGCAACGAAUAACAAUACCAAAAAUGCUGUCCCAGCAAAACAUGACCCAAUCCAAGCCAUAUUAGUCCGAGCGGGCGUUGAAUAUACACAUGAGAACUCUGAAGUCAUUGGAUCGUCAAAAAUCGAGGAACGCCUUAGUCGUCGUGCUGAGAUGGCAAUUGAUGGGACCAGCUUUGGUGAGGAGCAGGUCUUCGAAGCCUCUCAAGAUGACCUUACUUUGCCCCUUGACGCUAAAUAUGGUAGAAAGCAUGUUCUGUUUAAAUAUCACCCACCUGAGGAUGUAAAGAGGCGCCAGUUUUGCAGUAUGUCUAAGCGGUUUGGAUUUGAUAACCCGACCGAGUUUGCCCUAGUUGUUGAGAGCAUGACACAGGCACAGAGGAGGAGUUAUUUGGCCAGAUGGUAUCGAGAGCGUCAGGCCGCGCUGAUGAGCGGGAUGAAUACGCCGAUCAAGAAUAAUGAUGAUGGUGAUGAUGAUGCGAAUCUGUUGCAGAGUAUACCGCAAGAGGAGCCUCCAGGCUGA